GUGGCUGCUUCCUCCAGUCUGCAUUCAGUGUUCGCUCGCCGGCCUCAGCUGGAAGUCCGUGGUACGUGAUUCGAUUGUGACUAAGACCAAUUUUUUUUUGUAUCCAGUGAUAAAAUCAACAUUUUUUGUCUUGUGAACUGGAUAGUAAAAUAUCUUUUCAACAGUUUAAUUUCGAUUAUUUAGUGUGAUCAGUGCCGUGCAUUUUAGGAUUUCGCGAUACGAGUGUUUUUGUAGUUCGCUGGAAUUUCGAGCUGUCGUAACGCGAGUGACAAAGGAUGUUCCACAGAUGGUGUCAGUGAAUUUCAUAUCAGUGAAAAUCAAUCACAAAUCGGACAAAAACAAUUACUAAAGUUAUUGUGGAAGUUAGCAGAGCUCUGCAUAUAAUGGCUGCAUUACUUCCCAUAGCAUUGCUACUAAUAUGGUCAGUGGGUGGAUCGGUGGCUGAAUGGAGUCCGCAGUCAUCAGGGGGAGUCUGUGUGGCGUCCAAAUACAGCAGCAUCGACGGCUCCUGUAACAAUGUGCUGCAUCCCGAUUGGGGAAUGGCCGGCUCCAGUUUUCUCCGACUUUUGCCGCCCAAAUACGAUGAGAGAACGCCGCAGAAUCCUCCAUCAGAAAGCAUGAUGGCAUUCAUGAAAAGAAUUUCUAAAAAGGGCCAUCACGAGUAUGUUACGAGUAUGCUGCCUGUAUGGGCUGAGAUGGUACAACACGAUAUUUCCACUUUUGUGUAUGAUCAAGGAGGCAUUGUGAACGGAGCCACCGGCUUCCUUGAUGCGUCUCCUGUGUAUGGCAACACUCAACAGGAGAACGACAAUCUGCGCAGCCCGGGACAGGCAGAGCUCAACUUAUCUGCAUGUAGAAAAUGCGGCCAGCCAGGUUCGGGUGUGGGUGCUUUGCUAUCAACUCUAGUGUCGGAGCACAACCGACUGGCGGGUGAGUUGGGUCGUGUCAACCCACACUGGUCACCCGACACACGCCACCACGAGGCCAGGAGGCUGGUCAUCGCUCAACUGCAACACAUCACCUACAGUGAGUUCCUGCCAACGCUGCUCGGCGAGGCAAUGACAAACGAAUGGUCGCUGAAACCAGCCAAACGAGGCCGCUUCAACGGAUACUCAAGCUCAAUUCGCGCGGGAACAUUCUUCAGUUCCGCCCUGGCACCUAUGCUAGUCACUUCUGCCAUGAUUCCACACACCAUGAUCUCAAUGGACGCUGCACCAUCCAACAAAACAGCUGAAGAAAUAGAAGACACGUUGAUUGAAACAAUUGCAAUGAUACUUGAAUCUCCAGCUCAACUACCAGAUCUACAGAGAGUUGGCAACUUAUUCAGAGCAGGUGAAAGCAGUUUUCAUAAUUCAAUAGAGUUGUCACACAAGAGGAGACUGCCCAGAUUCCCAGACUGGAUGAACUUAUGCACAGGAUCUAAUGAUUUCAUUGACAGUUUUGAUGAGCUAUCAACAGUUCAAUCGGACAACAGGAAACUUCUUGCAGAAUUGUACAAGAAUCCAAACGAUGUGGACUUACUAGUUGGAGGGAUGGUUGAGAGAGUUCUUCCAGGCAGCCUGAUGGGUCCCACAUUCACGUGCAUUCUCGCCAACCAAUUCACCAAACUCCGAGAAAGUGACCGCUAUUGGUACGAAAACGAUAUUCCACCAACGUCCUUCUCCAAAGGACAACUACAAGAAAUAAGGAAGGUGACAUUGAGUGGUCUACUUUGCGCUAAUGUUAAAGGCCUACGUAGUAUCCAGCCUAGGGUGUUCCUACAGAAAGAUCCUUACUUGAACACAGCUAUUGACUGUGAACUACAGCCAACUCUGGACCUAUCGCAAUGGAAAGAGGCCGAAGAAGACAAUCCAGGACCACAGCUCACAAUGGAAAUUAUCAAGGAAGCCGUGCAGAGAGCCGAGAGUGACAUUCAGCGUCGACAACAGACAGAAUUUUUGCUUUGGUCAAACAAGGGUGGUGUUGACCCGAAAUCGCCGGUUGGAACAGCGGCGGCAUUCAGCAAACCAAACAAGCAAGCUCUGCUGAUGGCCAACAAUUCACUGCUAUUUGAAUACGCUUCAAGGGAACUACUCAACACUAUUCAAAACACAAACCGCCGACGCCGUCGCCAGUUAUCAGACACAGGCAACCAGCUGGCCAACUUCCUGUCGGACCUGCCCGGGUCUGACCUGUUAACCGAACUGGACGUGUCCGGCUUGAUCGGGUCGACGCCAGGUGGGGCGGCAGGCGACGGGUGUCGCGAGGAGGAGGGCGCCUGUAAUCCGCGUGCCGUCUACCGCACCUACUCGGGCCACUGUAACAACCUCGAGCGGCCCAACCUCGGCAAGAGCCUCACCACCUUUGCCCGCCUCUUGCCUUCUGUCUACGAGAACAGAGUGUCUUCACCCAGAGUGACUUCAGUGACUGGAGUACCACUGCCUUCGCCAAGACUGGUGUCACAGAUGAUUCAUGCCGACAUCAGUCACCUCCAUGGACGGUACACACUCAUGGUGAUGCAGUUUGCUCAGUUCGUCGAUCAUGACAUCACAUUUACUCCAGUGCACAGAGGAUUCUUCGCUUCGAUCCCGGACUGCAGGUCUUGCGAUUCGCCAAUCACAGUGCACCCUGAGUGCAUGCCGAUCCACAUUCCACCGGGCGAUCCCUUCUACCCUCAGGUCAACCAGACAACAGGGGAACGCUUCUGUCUGCCUUUCAUGAGGUCACUGCCCGGACAACAGCAUCUCGGUCCACGAGAACAAAUAAACCAAAACUCAGGCUAUUUGGACGGAUCUCACAUCUACGGCGAGACCGCGUGCCUCGCCAGGGAGCUGAGGAGUUACGGCGGACGGCUGAAUGUGACGGUGAACACUCUACAAGGAAAGGACCUGUUGCCUCAGUCCCCGUCACACCCAGAGUGCAGAGCCCCCUCUGGAUACUGCUUCAUAGCUGGUGACGGCCGAGCGAGCGAACAGCCCGCUCUGACGGCGAUCCACACGAUCUUCAUGCGCGAGCACAACCGGCUGGUGGACGGGCUGCGAGCAGUGAACGUGCACUGGGGUGACGAGCGCCUCUAUCAGACCGCGCGCAAGAUCAACAUCGCCACCUACCAGCACAUCCUCUACAACGAGUUCCUGCCCCGUCUGCUCGGCUGGAAUGCCGUCAACCUCUACGGGCUCAAGCUAAACAACCAGGGAUACUACCAAGGUUACUCGAAUAACUGCAACCCUAACGUGGUGACAGAGUUUGCAUCAGCUGCUUUCCGCAUCGGUCACAGUCUGCUGAGACCUCAUCUGCCACGAAUGACCCCAACCUACACACCAAUGGAGCCCGUGCUAUUGAGGGAUGUCUUCUUCAACCCGGACAUCAUUCGUCAGACUCAAAUGGUUGAUGAACUGAUCAGAGGAUUGGUAUCAACGCCAAUGGAGAAUCUCGACCAAUUCAUCACUGGCGAAAUCACCAACCAUCUAUUCGAAGAGAAAAGAGUGCCACAUUCCGGAAUGGAUCUUCCUGCACUCAAUAUCCAAAGAGCAAGAGACCACGGUAUACCGCCAUACAACGAGUACAGAGGCCUGUGCAACCUGAAACGCGCCACCACCUGGGAGGACCUGAGUCGGGAGAUUCCAAACGAGGUGAUUGCCAGACUGCGCCACAUCUACCCAAGCGUCAACGACAUCGACCUGUUCCCUGGCGGACUCAGCGAGCGGCCACUGCAAGGAGGUCUGGUCGGGCCUACAUUCGCCUGUAUCAUAGGCCUGCAGUUCAGACAACUGCGCAAAUGUGACCGCUUUUGGUACGAGAGUGGAGAUCCACUCUUCCGUUUCACAGAGGCUCAACUGGCUGAGAUUCGUAAGAGCACUCUAUCAAAAGUUCUUUGUGAUAAUAUGGACAUUGCCUCCGAUAUACAGCGUUCAGUAUUGGACCAACCGAGUGAUUUCUUAAACCCAAGAGUGCCAUGCAAUUCGAUUCCUCAUGUAGAUCUGAACGCCUGGAGAGAGCCGGCUGAACAGGGUUGCCAAAUUGCCGGUCGGACUGUUCCUGUGGGUGAUUCAGCACUGCCAACCCCAUGCACGAGUUGUGUGUGUACUUCAGAAGGGGCGCAAUGCGCAUCGCUGCGGGUGACGGACUGCGACCGCCUGUUGCGUGAAGCGGGCCGCGACGCCAUUUUGCGCGAUGAGGUUUGCGCCGCCCAGUGCAGCGCAGUGCUGCUCAGCAGUCCGGGACCCACGCUCGAGGCUCUCGAGGACGUUGUCUCCCUCACCACCAGUCGCCCGCCCACAGGGCUUGCCCCUGGCGCCACGAGGGGCCGCCAACUCUUCCCGCCAACCAACCUCAGGCCACCCCCGCCUCCCAGCCCGUUCGGCGGGCGCAACACGCACCGGACGACGCGGACCUGGGAUUUCUCCAUUUAGACAUUUCUCAAUCAAGGGUUGUGAGGCAGAGAGGACCUACAGUCCUAUCUCCGCCCUCAAUAAAUGCAAUUAUUCUAUUCUAGACACACCUUAUGAUCUUAUACGAUUUAAUCAAACAAUUUAGUUAGAACGGUUUGUAUAAUAUAAUAAUAUUCAUAGUUUACUGUAGUUGAAUAACUGAUGGACAGGUUAUGUGCUACUUAAAUAGUAGUUAUAAAGCUGGUAUACCUAGUAACUUUGGUAUAAUGGCCGUACCACAAAAAAAACUCCUGGCUGACAAUUUGGAAAGAUCUUAUAUGCUACUUGAAAAUAAUCUAGUAACAAAGCUGGUAUGCCGUUGUAACUUUGGUAUAGUGGCCGCACCACAAGAAAACUCCUGGCUGACAAUUUGGAAAGAAUAAAUCAUCUAGUACGCAUGCUCAGAGCUGAAAUUUUUAGAGUUAAACCAGUGUUGACAAUUAUUUGUGGGUCAUUCAGAUUUUAUUCAUUCAUUUUAAGCACCCAUUCAUACAAUCAUAAUUUGUCAUAACAAUGCCACAACUACCGAAAAUGGCUACCAACCAACAUCUGUUUAUAACACUGUCCCACUGACUGAUUUGUCAGUGUUUGUAACACUGAUAGUGUUUCUACACUAUCUGGAAUCCCCAGUCUUUUAAAACGACAAAAAGUAUCAAAUGGAACAAUACAGGGAUAAAACAUCAUAACAACCGUAUUAACACUAAACCACAGCCAAUUGUAAAACUAAGUUCAUUAGAGUGAUUUGGAAGUUUUCUUGAAAUGAAUUGUUAAUAUGUCUAGUGCAUUAUGUCGGUCGGGACUUUCUCGUGGUGGGCUAUAAUAGCGUUUGUAUGUUGGUAUGAUUGAUUAUACUUGAUCUAAUUAAAAUUUUAGAUUGGAAAACAGAAUAAAUGUUCCAAUAAACACGUUUUAUUAGCUCCAGUAUACUAUUAUAUACUAAUUAUUGUUUAUAUAUCUAGUAGCUGCUGGAAAAUUAUUUAAUGUACUAAAAUGAAUUAGUUAUUCGGUUUGUAUGAUCGAUGAUAAAAUGUGUAGUUGAUUGUAGUUUUAUAGCUUAUGAACAAGCUAUAUGCUUCUAAAAUAAUUUAAUUAGUCAGUUGGCAUGAUUGUUUAUAAUAUUCUUAGUUUACUAUCUGAUGAAAAAAAUAUUGCUAAACGAAUUAGUAAUUAUGAUUGCGCUGUCUGAAUGCUCGAUGAUGAUAAUUAUUUAGAUUAUGGUACCUAGUUAUGAGUUUAGUUAUUUGAUACUAAAACAAUGUAGUUGAAAGUCGUUGGUAUGAUUGUUGACAGUGGAGGAUGAGGGACAUUUAUUUUGUUGCCUGCAUGUGGGCCUAUGUUUCUUUAAUACAACUUGAGAUCACAGGAAAACAAAUAAUCAGGCCUAUUGAAAGUAUAAAAAAGUCAAUGGGUUGUUCCUCAGUCUUUUCCUAUAAUAUUGUUGAAUGUAUAGGUGUUAAAUUGUUCUCUUUCAGAAUGUUUAUACUAAUAAGAUAUUAUGUAAUUUUAUCUGGUAUGAAUGGGUAUGUAUGUAUUCUUAAGCUCUGAAUGCUAUCACAUUCACUAAUGUGUAAAUAAUAUUUUAUAGCCUAUAUAUAUAGAUAAAAAUAUUGAGUCUUACCUGAUCA